CAGAUCAGAUAAUCAACCAUGAGUAAUCCGGAGAGGAAGAAGAUCCCGGAGGCGCCCACUCCAGCGGCGGUGCCCGGCUCCGGCAACCUGCUGUCCAGCAUCGCGCCCCCGGCGGAGCUGCCCAACUUCGUCACUACACCCAUACCACAAUCUCAACUGCCUCCUGCAGCCGCACCCGCACCUGUGCAGCCGAUGCUGGUGCAACCUGGGCCUGCUAGUGUUCCUGAUGCUGUGGAAACUUUCACGCCAGCAAUACCUCUAAGCAAAGGAAUGCCAGUGCAGUCCGUCAGAUCCCCAGAUGACUCACAAGCCACCGCACAGUCCCCGGAGUCACUCACAGAUUCACCGACAGAGGCUGAGAAGCUAGGUCUGGGCGACGUCAUGCCAGGCUCCGGGCUCCUCACAUGGGUGAAGGGCGCGGUGUCGUCGGGCGGGCUGCUGCAGCGCGUGGCCGAGCGAGCGCGCAGCUCCGUGGACUCCGUCAUCACCACGCUGGACCCGCAGAUGAAGGACUAUCUGAACAGCGGCGGCGACCUGUACCUGGUGGUGGCAUCAGACAAGGAGGUGAAGGUGUCGCCGGUGCGCGACGCGUUCCAGGCCGUCUUCGGGAAGGCCACCGUGCAUGGUUUCCCAGCGCAAAGCGACGUGACAGCAGCUCAACCGGUCGGCUAUGCAGCGGCGUACGCGGCGGCCAAGCAACGCAUCGCGCACAUACGGUCCACACACAGCAGUCUCACCAACAACGUGCCCAUUGUAGCUGUAGAGGGGUUUUUACAAGAAGCUGUUAAUGACAGGUGGUAUGACAUCAGCCUAAUAGUACUGUCACAGCCCUCGCUCGACAUAGAACUACAAGUGCAAUCACAAGGCACCCCGGUGCCGGCGGCGGCGGUGGCGGCGGCGCGCGCGGGCUCAGCGGCGGGCUCGGCCCACGGAGACACCGGGUUUGAUAUCACUAUAGGGAGCAUCAUGGCUGAUAGUCUAAAGGUCCCUCACACAGAGUGGCAGGAGGCGUGCACGGGCGUGUCCAGACGGGAGCUGCUACUGCUAGCGGCGAGGUCCAUCGCCGGUAGCUACCGACGACUGCUCGCUAUAUCUGCCGCUGAGCCAUAGAGUAUAAUUUAUUGAACCAU